UAAAGAACAAACGAACGAAACCAGGAACCAAAAGGCGAGAUCACUGUGUAAAGAAAGGAGAAGAGGAGCCACCGACCGACUUGAGACUUCCCUGCGUCCCUUCUCUCUCUCUCUUUCCGCUUCCCUCCUUUUCCGACUGCCAGCUCGCACCUCCUUUUCCGGCUACUUUUCUAAGACUUGGAUUCCACCAGAGCCGCACCUAUAUAUAGAGCACGCCACGUCCCGCACCACCGACAAGAAAACCUCCGAGACGAAGAAAAGAAGAACCCGUCGCACGUCUCGCUCUCGCUCUCGCUUUCUUUUUCGGUUCCCCGAAGUCGAAAUCCGUCGAAAGCCGGAAGGGGUGAUCGGUUCUUGGGCGGAUAUUUGUAUGUCAGAACGGGAAGAGGGGGGAAGGAUUUCUCGAGAAACGGCAAUAUUUCUGCAGAGGAAUCGGCGUUGCGGAGGGAGGAGAAGAUGGAGCAGAAGCAUAUACUCAUGUCGGCCCUGGGGCUGGGGAUUGGCGUCGGGGUGGGGCUCGGGCUGGCCUCCGGCCAGACCGUCAGCAAAUGGGCGGCGCCGGCGAGCUCCUCCGCCGGCGUGACGGCGGAGAACAUCGAGAAGGAGCUCAUGCGGAUGGUCGUGGAUGGGAGGGAGGGCAAGGUUACCUUCGACGAGUUCCCUUAUUACCUCAGUGAACAGACCCGAGCUUUGCUGACAAGUGCAGCCUAUGUUCACCUCAAGCAAGCAGACUUGUCCAAGUUUACUCGAAACCUUUCUCCUGCAAGUCAAGCCAUUUUGCUCUCAGGCCCUGCAGAGCUUUACCAACAAAUGCUUGCCAAGGCACUAGCCCAUUACUUUGAGGCCAAAUUGUUGUUGCUAGAUGUGACUGACUUCUCACUCAAGAUUCAGAGCAAAUAUGGCAGUUCCAACAAAGAUUCUUUUUUUAGAAGAUCUGUAUCUGAGGCAACUUUGGAGAGAAUGUCUAGUUUACUUGGAUCUUUUUCGAUCCUUGCACAGAGGGAAGAACCUAGAGUUAUUGCAGGAUCAUUACAUAGGCAAAACAGCUGUGUAGAGUUAAGACCAAGGGGAUCAGAUAGCAAUAGCUACAUGACUAAGCUCCAUAAAAAUGCAUCAGUUUCAGCUGAUAUGCAUGGCCUUACAUCACAGUGUGCUCCUAUAAAUCCAGUUCCUCUCAAACGCUCCAGCAGCUGGUCUUUUGACGAAAAGAUUCUUCUACAAUCACUUUACAAGGUUCUGGUUUCAGUUUCAAAAAGUAAUCCUGUUGUCCUAUAUAUAAGGGAUGUUGAGAACCUUCUGUACAGAUCGCAAAGGAUAUAUUCUUUAUUUCAGAAAAUGUUGAAGAAGCUACCAGGACCAGUGUUGAUACUUGGUUCAAGAUUGUUGGAAUCUGAUGGUGACUACAGAGAUAUGGAUGGAAGGGUCGGUAAUCUGUUCCCUUACAAUAUAGAGAUUAAGCCUCCAGAAGAUGAGACUCAUUUGGUUAGCUGGAAAUCCCAGCUAGAGGAAGACAUGAGAAUGAUACAAAUUCAGGAUAAUAGAAACCAUAUCACAGGUGUACUUGCAGAGAAUGAUCUUGAGUGUGAUGAUUUGGGCUCAAUCUGCCUAGUGGAUACAGUGGUUUUGAGUAAUUACAUAGAGGAAAUUGUUGUGUCAGCUGUUUCCUACCAUUUGAUGAAUAACAAGGAACCUGAAUAUAGAAAUGGAAAGCUCAUCAUUUCUUCAAAAAGUUUGUCCCAUGGAUUGAGUAUAUUCCAAGAAAGUAGGCGUUCUGGUGAGGAUACUCUGAAGCUGGAAGCAAAUGUUGAAUCAGGAAAGGAAACCGUAGAUGAAGAUGGUGCGGCUGCAGCUGUGGCAAAACCUGAAGUAAGUGCUGAAGCCUCACCUCCUGAAAAGAAAAGUGAAGCAGAGAAACCAGCAUCAGCAGUAAAAGAUGCUGACGGUUCAUCUCUGCCACCAAAAACACCUGAAGUUGCUCCAGACAAUGAAUUUGAAAAGCGAAUCAGACAAGAGGUCAUCCCAGCAAGUGAAAUUGGGGUGACAUUUAAUGACAUAGGUGCCCUUGAUGAAGUCAAAGAGUCUCUUCAGGAACUAGUCAUGCUUCCCCUCCGACGUCCUGACCUCUUUACUGGAGGCCUCCUAAAGCCUUGCAGAGGAAUCCUACUGUUUGGGCCACCCGGAACUGGGAAGACAAUGCUAGCCAAGGCCAUAGCGAAUGAAGCUGGAGCAAGUUUCAUCAAUGUUUCUAUGUCCACUGUCACAUCAAAAUGGUUUGGGGAAGAUGAAAAGAAUGUCAGAGCUUUGUUUACACUUGCAGCUAAGGUUGCCCCUACUAUCAUUUUUGUGGAUGAGGUUGAUAGCAUGCUUGGGCAGCGAACUAGGGUAGGAGAACAUGAGGCAAUGCGGAAGAUCAAGAAUGAGUUCAUGAUGCACUGGGAUGGGCUCUUAACUAAGUCUGGGGAGAGAAUCCUUGUUCUUGCAGCGACAAACAGACCAUUUGACCUUGAUGAAGCAAUUAUUAGGAGGUUUGAGCGCAGAAUCAUGGUUGGUUUACCAUCAGUGGAGAGCAGGGAGUUAAUCUUAAGGAAACUUUUGUCGAAAGAAAAGGUUGAAGAACUUGACUACAGGGAGAUUGCAACUACGACAGAAGGAUACAGUGGUAGCGAUCUUAAGAACCUAUGUGUGACCGCAGCAUAUCGCCCUGUUCGAGAGCUAAUUCAGAGAGAGAGGCUCAAGGAACUGGAGAAGAAGCAGAAAGCCGAGGAAGGAGACAGUUCAGCAGAGAGUUCAGAAAAUAGGGAAGAGGACGGGGAACAAACAGUAACCCUCAGACCGUUGAACAUGGAAGACUUAAGGCAGGCAAAGAAUCAGGUUGCUGCCAGUUUUGCUUGUGAUGGUUCUGUGAUGAGUGAACUGAAACAAUGGAAUGAUUUAUAUGGGGAAGGAGGCUCAAGAAAGAAGCAACAGUUGUCUUACUUCCUAUAAAGCAUACAUGUAUAUACAAACCAGUGAAAAAUGAGAUUUCACCCCUGGUGACCACUCAAAUGCUCUUGCGGAGCAAUUGAUAAUAAUUGAAGGGAGCAUGAAAUUGCUGGCUAGUUUCCAGUAUUUGUGUGCAUUUUAGUAGUGGUGGGGCUACAGAUAGAAAGGGUAGUACAGGUUGCAUGGAUCUGUCAGAGGUAAUUGUAGUCAUGUAGAAUGUAUUAUUUUUUCAUAUGAUGCGUUUUUCUAGCAUGUAUGUAUUCAGUGGUUAUAUGUUGUAUUGUUUUGUUGCUUUAAUUUAGACAAUGCAAUUCAGAAUGAUUAUUAGGAACUCUAUGAAUAUCAUUUCUUGAAAUUCUAGUGGUUAGAUCA